UUCUGCUCAGCACACUCCAGAGGAAUGGUAGCCGGCUACUUCUUCAGGCAACACUUUUUGGAUUAACUUGCUAACGUCAUUUGGCAGUCGGUUGUUCCGUUAAAAUAAUGAAUUUACUACCGUCAAAUCCUCAUGGGAAUGGGCUCCUUUAUGCUGGAUUUAACCAGGAUCAUGGAUGCUUUGCCUGUGGAAUGGAGAAUGGAUUCCGUGUGUACAACACAGAUCCUCUUAAAGAGAAGGAGAAACAAGAGUUCCUGGAGGGCGGGGUCGGCCACGUGGAGAUGCUGUUCAGGUGUAACUAUUUAGCUUUAGUGGGAGGAGGAAAGAAACCCAAAUACCCAACCAACAAAGUGAUGAUCUGGGACGAUCUGAAGAAGAAGACGGUAAUCGAGAUCGAGUUCUCAACAGAAGUCAAAGCGGUGAAGCUUCGGCGUGACAGGAUCGUGGUGGUCUUGGACUCGAUGAUCAAAGUGUUCACCUUUACCCACAACCCCCAUCAGCUGCACGUGUUCGAGACCUGCUACAACCCCAAAGGUCUGUGCGUGCUCUGUCCGAACAGCAACAACUCUCUGCUGGCGUUCCCCGGGACUCACUCAGGCCACGUUCAGAUAGUGGACCUGGCCAACACAGAGAAACCUCCAGUUGACAUCCCAGCCCACGAGGGGGCGCUGUGCUGCAUCGCCCUGAACCUGCAGGGCACGAGGAUAGCUACUGCAUCAGAGAAAGGGACUCUCAUUAGAAUUUUCGACACGUCCGCCGGUCAGCUCAUACAGGAGCUGAGACGAGGCUCACAGGCAGCCAACAUUUACUGUAUUAACUUCAACCAGGACGCUUCCCUCAUCUGUGUGUCCAGUGAUCACGGGACAGUGCACAUCUUUGCAGCUGAGGACCCAAAAAGAAACAAACAGUCGAGUUUGGCAUCAGCCAGCUUUCUCCCCAAAUACUUCAGCUCCAAGUGGAGUUUCUCCAAGUUCCAGGUCCCCUCAGGCUCUCCAUGUUUGUGUGCCUUUGGAACAGAGCCCAACGCUGUCAUAGCCAUUUGUGCUGACGGCAGCUACUACAAGUUCCUGUUCAACCAGAAGGGGGAGUGUUCCAGAGACGUCUACGCCCAGUUCCUGGAGAUGACUGACGAGAAAAUAUGACCCUUGACCCCCCCCCUCUGCGGACUCACUUAUUACACACCCUGGUUUUUUUUUUUUUUUUUUUUUUUUUUCCUUUUCUGUUUUUGUGGAGGGAGGACAGUCCCCGCGCUGGCUGCACGUCUUUAUCUUGACAGACUCUGUUAUAAAGAGCAUCAGAUGAAGGGGGGACGGAGAAAGAGAAUCACAGACUCGACGGGGAGCAAAGAAGGACAAAUGGACAUAGACUCGUGAGGACGGUCUCUGGACAGAGGGACACGGGUGCUGACUUGACUCCCAAAACCAAACACACACACACACACACAUACAAAAAAAGAGGGAAGGCUAUUUUUGUUUUUUGUUUCUGAAAGGACAAUGCCGCUUUUUAAGACGUCUUCCAAGGACUUUACAAUGGAUGGCUAUUUUUAAUCACAUAGAUGAUUCCUGACAGGUAGACGAAUUGAAAACAUUGAGAUUUUUGUCAACUAACACCACCUAACCUAACUAUAGGGAGUGCCUCUGAACUGAGUCGAGACUGGAGAGAAUCUGUACGUGUGCACAUUAUUAUCGUCGUCAAGUAUACAUACGUGUUCGUGUAUAUACAAAUGUACCAUAAUCGGCGUUCGCAAAGCAGGAUCGGAACCAACUACCUUACACUGUUUUUUUUUUUUCCAGCUGUGAACAUCAGUGAAGGAACACCUGGAAACAUUUGAAGACACUGAUCCUGCGUUGCUGAACGUCACCUUUAGUAUUACUAGAUUUUCUUAUAUUCACUGUAUAAACACGAAGCGCCAGACUGAACUUUAACUACAUAGAAUUGUACAGAAUAGUAGCAAGAAAAAAAAACCUGAAAGUUUUUUGUUUUGUUUCACUGCUUCCUUUUUUUCAUAAAUUGUGCAAUAUGUUUUUUCCCUAAUUUUUUUCUUCGUAAAAAGGGCUUUAAAAUUUGAGUUUGUAUCUAAAGAUGAACGCUUAAAGACAUAGUUGGAUAUUUAUCAGGAAAUGGUUUUAUUAGUGUUAUUUUUGAAGAGCUAGAUCAGAAGAUUGUAUGCUAAAUAUGAAGCUACAACAAUUAGCUAGCUUAGCAUAGAGAAUGGAAAUGGCUA